UGUUCUUGUUUAUCUAUGGCCAUUACCAGUCUUCUCUUCUUCUUUGCUUUACUUUUCUCUUGUUAUUUGAGCAAGACAUUAGUUUAUGGAGCUGCGAUGGUGACUUGCUCGGCUUCUACUAAAGGAAAAUUUCAUGGUUUACGAAUAGCUUCGAGAUACGGGCCCUGUUCGCCACUGGCCCAGGAGAAUUCAACUCCUGAUUCAAGCCAAAUUCUUCUGAAAGAUGAAGUCAGAGUUCGCUCUAUCAAUUCCUUAACCUCUAACGUGUAUACAACACUUGACCAAGAUGAGCAGAAGGGGACUGGGAUGCGUCUCUUUGGCGCCGCUGACAUUGGAGCUGGCAAUUUUGUUGUCAUGGUUGGUUUUGGCACUCCAAAACAAGAUUAUCCAUUCAUUUUUGACACAGGCAGUGACGUCACUUGGAUGCAAUGCAAGCUAUGUUCUGUGAAUUGCCAACAAACUGCUUCCAUUUAUAAUCCUGCUGAAUCUUCAACUUUUUCGAAUGCUACUUGUUCUUCUUCACCAUCUUGUAAUUAUUCUAUAAACUACGAGGACGGAUCCUAUACCGAAGGAUAUUAUAUACGCGAUACCCUUACUGUAGUGCCUAAUGAAGUUUUCCCCAACUUCGUUUUUGGUUGUGGCCAAAAUAUUAGCCAUAAUAAAUUUGGUCGUGCUGCUGUGCUGCUUGGUCUUGGACAAAAGGGUUCUAAUACUCUAUUGUCGCAAAAAAACUCAAAGUUUCGUAAAACUUUCUGUUACUGUCUCCCAGCUGCUGAUAGCUCCAGAGGAUAUCUCUGGUUCGGCCCCCAAUCGCUUGAAGCUUGUCAAACAAGUAAAUUCACACCUCUUGUAACUGGCCCACGUGACAGUACCUUCUAUUUUGUUAAUCUUAUUGGUAUAACGUUUGGAGAACUUAGAUUGAACGUUUCUUCGUAUUUUCAAUCGUCCCUAACACUAUACUAGACUCUGGAACUGUUAUAACUCGCCUUCCUCCUUCAACCUAUUCAGCUCUCAGCUCUGCAUUCAGAAAAUCUAUGUCAC